UCUUCUUCCACCGAAAUUUGCCAGAUUUGGAAAUAGAUUCUUAAAUAUUUUGUCAACAACUUUGCCGUUAUAGCUCUCAGAUAUUCUUAAAAAAUAUGAAAUAAAAACUGUGUAUGAGGUAUGCAUAUAGGAAUAUGUGUCAGCAACGUACCGAAGGUUAGAUGUGUAGCCACUUGAUAUUCUUGGGUCUGCUUAUUUCAUUAGUACAACUCAACUCACAAGAAUUUCUUGCGGGAUUUAUAUUUAUCUCUACGAAUUUUAAAAGUAUUUCAAAUAUUUGACGAGUUUGUGAAUUAUUUAUUAAACUCGUCAUGUGUUUCGAAUGGGCAGAAAGUGCCCUCGAAUUUGUUCGGGGGAAUUGUUUUGUAUAUUCUCUUUUUGUUGUUCCUUUAUUAAUUGCAAUAUCACCCAAGACCCCAGUGUUCGCCGCACAUGAAUUUACCGUAUACAGAAUGCAGCAUUUCGACCUACACAGCACUCCUCAUGGCUGUCGGAAUUCCAUAUUAAAUAUGGAAGCAAGGAAACUCUAUACAACUCCUUACACACGCAAAUGUGUUGUAGCAAGAUUAACAGAAUUAACAUAUAGUCAGUAUCAAGAUUUAAUUCAGCAAAAUGCUGGAGGCCUACUCAUUUUAAUUCCUCAGAAUUUAAGUUCUUUGCCAGUUGCUGAUCAGCAAGUUGUUAUGCAAUUAGAAAAGCAUAUACUAGAGGAAGAUGUAGCAAUUCCUGUAUAUUUUGCUUAUGAAACAGAGGAACUUUUAGAAAUGUAUUAUAGUAUGGAACAAGGUUCAUCAAAGCAAAAGUCGAGGUCUGCUGCUGAAGAAUUGCCAUCUACCAUUACAUCAAGUGGUUAUCAGUUGGUUGUGUCAGGUCCUGCACCAAAGCCCUUGCCAGAUACUCAGAUUAUUAGUCUACAGGGAAAAUUAUGUGGAUUUGGAGUAGAGGAACAACUACCUACUAUUGCUAUUGUUGCUCAUUACGAUUCUUAUGGGAUUGCACCUGGUUUAUCAUAUGGUGCAGAUUCUAAUGGCAGUGGAGUAGCUGCUUUACUUGAGUUGGCUAGAUUAUUGUCUCGAUUAUAUACAAAUUCUCGAACACAUCCUAGGUUCAACUUGAUGUUUCUUUUGUCUGGAGGAGGGAAGUUUAAUUAUCAAGGUACCAAAAAAUGGAUUGAAGAUAAUAUUGAUAGCUCGGAUGCCAGUUUGCUUCCUGAUGCUCUGUAUACUUUGUGCCUUGAUUCUGUUGGUGAUGAAGAUAAUUUAUAUUUACAUGUUUCUAAACCUCCAAAGGAGGACAGUCCUGGUGAUAUAUUUUAUAAGGAACUACAGUGGGCAUCUGUGCAAUCUGAAGAACCUGUAAAUGUUUCUAUGAUUCAUAAAAGAAUAAAUCUUGCAGAUGAGCUAUUGUCUUGGGAGCAUGAGCGUUUCAGCAUUAGACGCCUUCCAGCUUUUACUUUGUCUCAUUUACAAUCCCCACGUUCUCUGAAGAAAACUACGAUUUUAGAUACGAGGGAAAAUGUAAAUGUUGAUAAACUUGCUCGAAAUGUAAGAAUUAUUGCAGAAGCUUUGGCCAGACAUAUGUACAAUAUAAGUGGAGAAACUUUGAAAACUGGAAUUUUUACUGAAGGCUUGAGUAUACAGAAAGACUACUUAAAAGCAUGGAUAGAUCAACUUUCUUCUCAGCCACGCAGUGCUCAAAUGCUUCUUUCAGGAUCUACAAAACAUCCUUUAAUAUUGACCUUGGAACAAGCAAUGAGUCGUUAUUUGAAGGAUGUAAAAUUUUCUAUUUUCAAACCUGAUAAAAGGGAACCAGAACUUAUGUUUUAUGAGCCUGUCUCUACUGUGAUGAAUGCAUAUAGGGUUAAGCCAGCUAUAUUUGAUUUGUUCCUAGCCAUGUUUAUUGCUGCUUACUUAGGCAUUAUUUAUCUUUUAAUUACAAACUUUUAUAGGUUGGAAAGAAUUAUCAAAUCAUAUUCUGUGUCUGUGAAAGGAAAACAAAGUUGAAUAAAUAAAGGGGUCUAUGCCUAUUAUAAUCCAAAGUAUUUCAUCUAUUAUCUGAUUUAAGUAUUUAUAUUUUGUAGACAUAAGUAUAAUUUUUAAGGUACAUAGAGAUUUAUAUCAUAAUUAUUAUUUUUUACUUUUUAUUAUUUGUUUCUGAUUAUUAUCUGUGCAUUGAUUGAUUUAUUGGUGAUUUGUGAAUUUAAUUGAAUGUUACUUAAAUAUAUAGGCAAUAAGAACAAUUUCUGGACUAUUCUAGAACUUUUUACCUUCCAGUUUCAUCUGUACAAUUCAAAAGUAUUUACCCAAUAUUAGUCUUUAUUAGUCCUUUAAAAGUAUCAUUUGGAUUUAUCAUCAGCAUAUGGAUCUGCCAAAAUAUACCAUAUGUGCAUUAAUAGCAGCCAAUUUUUUCUUCUUACUAGCAUUAAAUGUACUGUGUUAUUUAUAAUCAUUAUUUGAACAUCAUUUUCUUUAAAUGAAGUAAUGUUUAUUAGCAUGUAGCUUAAAUGAAUUUUUCAUUGCAGAACUAUUUGUACAAAUUUAGUUAUGUAGCAUUUUAGCUAGAAAAAUAUAUUUUAAAUCCUUGAUUGCUAAAUCAAAAAAAAAAAAAAAAGCCCAUGAUUUAUAAAUGUUAUAAUGUAUGAAAUCUGUAGGAAAAAUGCCUACAUAAUUGGAUUUUUUUUAAAUGAAUGUUAAGUUGAAAAUAUGUUUGUCAAUAGGUAAUUAAAUGAAAAAUAGUCUACAUAAAAAUAAGAUAUGUAUUUUUUCCCUCUGACACUAUAUAACACAAACUUAUUUAGUUGAUUUUCUUUUUAAAAAAUACUUUUAAUCGAAAUGUUCUAGCUAAAUAAGUUACUUUUUACUUUAAAAUUUGUACUUUAUUUAUAAUUGAUUGUUUGUUUACAUGUCUUCAGUUAUUGAAGAAAAAGUAGCAUUAAAAAUAUUUCUAUCUGCAAAUGUAUGAAUUUCCAAAAUAUUUUUCUUAUCAUUAUUAAAAAAAAACAACAUAUUUCUUACAAAUUUAAAUAACUUGAUAUUUCUUGCUCAUUUGUUUCUUGUAAUGCAAGGUCUCAUAGAGGUAUAAUAAUAUACAAGCCAUAUAAAGCUACCUUCCUGAUCAAAAUGAAAGCAAAUUUAUCUAUUUUGUGUACCUUCUUUUAAAAUUUUAACAAACAGUUAUAAAGACUAUUAACUUUAUGCUUAAUAAUAAUAAUAAUAAUAAUAAUAAUAAUAAAGUUCUUUAAUGAAUUUCAGGUAUCAAGUUUCUCCCUUUAUGUUUUCAAAACAUAAAUUUAGCCUUUUUUAAAACUGUAAGCAUGUAGGUUACCUGUAUUUGAAAAAUUGAAUUAUGGAAUAUGUAUAACAUUUAUACUUAUUUUGAAGGAAGUUUUUUAAAUUUGAUGUAAUUUUCCUUUGGUUUGGCAAGUCAAUGUAUCUUUAUACCAGAUUAUAAAUUAUUAUGUAUCUGUUGUACCUUUGCAGUUCAAUCACUAAAAUACAUGUAUACGUUAAUAUUAAAUCAUAAUACAUAAAUGUUGUAGCCUAAGUGUGCAUGCAGACCAAAAGCUUCUAAAGCGGUUUUAAGUUGUGAAAUGCUAUCACCUUAAUUCAUCUUUGCACUUCAUUAUAAUUGUAGUAAUUUAUAUAGACAAUUUGUAAAAGCAUUUUGGUGAUAAAUGUAGUUUUCCAAUGUAUGUUAUUUGCAAGUUAUUUGUAUAUAUUUAUAUAUAUUAUUGAGAGAUUUAAAUCAAAAUGUUUAAGAAUUGUUCUACUUUAUGCAGUUUAGUGAUUCAUAGAUGGACCAAAUCUUUAAAAUUAAAUGUUAUAAAUCAAAUUAUCUGCAAUGAAUAUUUUUAUAGUAUUUCAAUGCUAAUUCUGUGUGAUGUUUCUUGAAUUCUGUAAUUUUAAUGUGUAUUUUUGCUGCUGUUAAAUUUAAAACUACUGAUUUCAAACUAGCAGUAAUAUUUUUAACAGGACUUCUUUGUAUGUACUUGUCAUUACGUUUGACUGCAACU